CACUCUCGAGCGGGACAUAGAGCACAUAUGCUGGUUCAAUCUAGAAGCAUCUUUUAUAUCAGAUAAAACCCAACCAACCUCCCUCUCUCCUAAUCCUAAUCGUCUUAGGGUUUUUAUCAUCUUUUCAUUCACUGCCUUCGCACUCUCGCACUCACUCUUCCUUCUUCCACGAAGUGCAAUGGCGACAGCUCAGCUAACAGCAUCCUCAAUUUCCUCGAGGAACGUGUCGUCGUUCGAAGGGCUUCGACCUUCGGCAGUUCAGUUCCCCUCCGUCGUCAGAAUUGGAACCCUCACUCAAAGGUCCUUCCGGGGUUUGGUUGUGAAAGCCGCAACUGUUGUUGCUCCAAAGUACACUGCUAUUAGGCCUCUUGGCGACAGAGUACUGGUUAAAAUUAAGGAAGCAGAAGAGAAGACGGACGGAGGAAUUCUACUUCCUUCAACUGCUCAAACAAAGCCACAGGGUGGUGAAGUUGUUGCUGUUGGAGAGGGGAAAUCUGUUGGGAAGAGCAAAAUAGAGAUUAGUGUGCAGACUGGUGCACAAGUUGUGUAUUCGAAGUAUGCUGGUACUGAGGUGGAGUUCAAUGGGGCAAAGCAUCUUAUACUGAAGGACGAUGACAUUGUUGGUAUCCUCGAGACCGAAGAGAUCAAGGAUCUUAAACCGUUGAAUGAUAGAGUCUUAAUACAGGUUGCACAAGCAGAGGACAAAACUGCAGGUGGUUUGUUGCUUACCGAAGCAACCAAGGAGAAACCUUCGAUCGGAACGGUGAUUGCGGUGGGCCCAGGGCCUCUUGAUGAGGAAGGUAACAGGAAACCGUUGUCUGUUAAUCCUGGGAACACAGUGUUGUACUCCAAAUAUGCUGGGAACGACUUCAAGGGAAAAGAUGGUUCGGACUACAUUGCAUUGAGGGUCUCAGAUAUCAUGGCUGUCCUUUCCUAGUAGUAACAAGUUGUUCUCUGUUUUGUAACUUCAAAAUUUUGUGCUCUUGAGGAAAAUGGAUUAUUUUUUAUCUACGAUGACAACUGAAACAUAGCUCAUUGCAAUUAUCUUAGAAAAUCUACAAACUUCUGGUGAUGUCAAUUGUUUUCCAGUUGUCUGUAAUUUCCACCUCACCUCAAAUUUUCCAAAAGCAUGUAGGGAAUCUUUUAGGGAAUUUUAAAAUCAUUGUGAUCAAUGGUAGAUUAAAUAGAGAACAGUAUAAUAUCUAGAUUCGAGAAAUUACAAGGUGUUCAUUUAAUUUCGGGCCUAAAAAGUUUAGCCUUCAUCGACGUUAUGCACACUCUAGGUAUGGUUCAGCAUGCACUAUGCUAAUUUAAUGGGUUUAAUUUGAAUUACACCAAUUUCAACAUUCCUUAUGGCAAUAUAUUUUCUUUGCCCUCUACCUCCACCUUCCCCUCCUUUCCUGUGCUCCCGUUUGGAUGCAAUACCGCACCUUACUACUCAGGUGAUCUGCUGUCUAUCGUAGGCAAAGUGAUUUUCAAUCUUAACUCUGCAUGAUGAUGGAUGUCAUCGUUGCAGCUGGCCACUUCUUCGCCCCCAAUUUCCACGUCUAGCUGGGCAAGAGGAUAAAACAACUCUGGAUUUUGGACAAGGCUUCAAGUACCUUUCACCAUGUAAUCAGAACCAUUAAUGUGGUACUUAUUAGCAUGAAAAGAUGUUAGGCUUCUGCUUCUUCACUUGAGGAUUGGAUCAAAGAUAAUGCUAGUUCUGAGAAUGAAGCAGAAAAGGCCACACUGAUGCUGGUUAUCCAAUUGAGGGAUCCGCUGAGACGCUAUGAAGCAGUUGGAGGGCCUAUGUUAGUAGUUGUUCAUGCAACACAGGCGGAGGAGAAGGAAGGGGAGGAAGAGAAGUAGUUCAAAUUAAGCAGCAUGCAUGUGGGAGGCUUCAAGGUGAGGAGUGGCACAAACAGGAAUUCAUGGGACAAUGAGAGACAGAGGCUAACUGCAAUGCAAUGGUUGGUCUCAUAUGGCUUUGGAAAGGCAGCAAAGAAAGGGAAGCAAGCAUUGCAAAAGGGGCAAGACCUGUUACGGACUAUUUCCUCCCGAAUUGUGGCUGACAUGUGGCUUAAAACCAUGAGAAAUCCAGAUAUCAUGCUUCUAAAGUGAUAAUGAUUCGUUUGUGCAGAUUUAAAUAUGAACAUAGCACUGUGUAUAUGUCUAUGC